CGGCCGGUUGGAUGCAGCCAGUCUCGGGGUUCACUGGUGGGAGGGGUUGAGUCGCGGACUGGGAUGUGUGUGCCUGAUCACGCCAGUGUUAGUGCGUGACAAGAAGACGAGACGACACUACAGCUGUGGCUCUCCAGUGCCCCGCCGUUUACCGGGCUACCGACCCCAAAAUCUCCGACCAUUCACCUGUGGGAGGCACGCGCCAUCCGUGACCUUAGUGAAUCGAGGCGCGGGGCAGGUUAUGAGGCCCCUCAUCUCAUGCCGUCCCCAGCUCGAGGUUGCCACGGAAACGACCCAGCAUCCUGCUCAGGGUCGUCGUAGAAGCUCUCGGACAAAUGACAGCGCAGUUCAAAGCCACAGGAUUCCAGAAUCUCCUUUUGGUGUAGUCAAAUACGGAAAGUUCAGAGAAGGAACUGGACUGGACUGAACUUCUUCAUCUUAUCAGCACCACUGUGAUUGCGUCUUUGGCACUAAUGUGAGCUGACGUGAGUAACAGAACAGGAACAGACACACGCCCUCUGAUUUACUCCAAAAUGGUCAACCUGUAUCCCCUCGCCGUGUUUUUAUGGCAACUGAUGUCCCUGGCGAUGGCGGCCCAGACCAACGAGCGGCGCGUCGUUGCCCACAUACCCGGUGACAUCAUCAUCGGCGCACUUUUCUCCGUGCACCACCAGCCGCCGGCCGACAAAGUGCACGAGCGCAAAUGCGGGGCCGUUCGGGAGCAGUACGGCAUCCAGCGCGUCGAGGCCAUGAUGCACACGCUGGACCGAAUCAACGCCGACCCCAAAAUCCUCCCCAACGUCACGCUGGGCUGUGAGAUCCGAGACUCCUGCUGGCAUUCCGCCGUCGCUCUGGAGCAAAGCAUCGAGUUCAUACGGGACUCGCUUGUCGCCGCAGACGAAAGCGAAGAGGCUGGGGGCGGGACCAGGUGUGCUGAUCCGAGUGCCACGCCCAUGAAGGGGAAGAAGCCAAUCGUGGGGCUGAUCGGGCCGGGUUCCAGUUCCGUGGCCAUUCAAGUGCAGAACUUGCUGCAGCUGUUUAAUAUUCCGCAGAUUGCGUACUCCGCCACCAGUAUGGACCUCAGCGACAAAUCACUGUACAAAUACUUCAUGAGGGUCGUGCCUUCGGACGCCCAGCAGGCCAGAGCCAUGGUGGACAUAGUGAAGAGAUACAACUGGACCUACGUAUCUGCCAUCCACACCGAGGGUAACUAUGGCGAGAGUGGGAUGGAGGCGUUUAAAGAGAUGGCGGGAAAGGAAGGGAUUUGUAUCGCUCACUCGGAUAAAAUUUGGAGUAACGCCGGCGAGCAGAACUUCGACCGUCUGCUCGCGAAACUGCGCAAGUACCUGCCCAAGGCUCGUGUGGUGGCGUGUUUCUGUGAGGGCAUGACCGUACGAAACAUCCUCAUGGCCAUGAGGCGGCAGAACCUCGUCGGAGAGUUCCUAUUGGUCGGCAGUGACGGGUGGGCGGACCGUUAUGACGUCACUGACGGGUACGUGCGCGAGGCCGCCGGCGGGAUCACGAUAAAGCUGCAGUCCGCAGACGUGAAGUGGUUCGACGAUUAUUACCUGAAACUACGUCCUGACAAUAACCCACGAAAUCCCUGGUUCCCUGAGUUCUGGCAGCACCGGUUCCACUGCCGGCUGAAAGGACACCCGCAGGAGAACAACAAAUACAACCGAACCUGCGGCAAGCGAGAUUCUCUGCGGCAGCAGUACGCUCAGGACACCAAGAUGGGUUUCGUGAUCAACGCCAUCUACAGCAUGGCCCACGGGCUCCACAACAUGCAGAAAGCUUUGUGUCCUGGCAUGGUGGGACUGUGUGAUGCCAUGAGGCCCAUCGAUGGUGCCAAGCUCCUCGACUUCCUCAUGAAGACCAACUUCACCGGAGUGACCGGGGAAAACAUUUAUUUUGACGAGAAUGGAGAUUCGCCAGGGAGUUACGUGAUCAUGAACUUCAAGAAGAUGGGGAAAGAUUACUUCGACUACACGAACGUGGGCAGCUGGGACAUCAGCGGUCUGCAGAUCAAUGAUGACGAGAUCUGGCCCAACAAAGAUGACAUCAUCAAAUCGGUGUGCAGUGAACCCUGUGAUAAAGGUCAAAUCAAGGUGAUCCGUAAAGGAGAGGUCAGCUGCUGUUGGACAUGCACUCCCUGUAAAGAGAACGAGUUUGUUUUUGACGAGUACACGUGUCGCGCGUGUGAGCUGGGAUCGUGGCCCACCCAUGACCUCACCGGAUGUGACCCCAUUCCAGUGGAGUAUUUGAGGUGGGGUGACCCUGAGCCCAUCGCAGCUGUGGUCUUCUCCUGCUUGGGCCUGAUGGCCACGUUCUUCGUCACCUCCAUCUUCAUCAUCUAUCGCGACACUCCCGUGGUGAAGUCGUCCAGUCGUGAGCUGUGUUACAUCAUUCUGGCGGGGAUCUGUCUAGGGUACCUCUGCACCUUCUGUCUUAUCGCCAAACCUCACGUGAUCUACUGCUACCUGCAGCGGCUGGGCAUCGGCCUAUCACCUGCCAUGAGCUACUCGGCCCUCGUCACCAAGACCAAUCGCAUCGCUCGGAUUCUGGCUGGCAGCAAAAAGAAAAUUUGCACCAAGAAGCCUCGUUUCAUGAGCGCCUGUGCCCAGCUGGUGAUCGCCUUCCUUCUUAUCCUCCUGCAGUUGGGCAUCAUCGUGGCGCUCUUCGUGAUGGAGCCUCCCGACGUCAUCCACGCCUAUCCCUCCAUCCGCGAGGUCAACCUCAUCUGCAACACCACCAACUUGGGCGUGGUGGCGCCGCUGGGCUACAACGGCCUCCUCAUCAUGAGCUGCACCUUCUACGCCUUCAAGACGCGCAAUGUUCCGGCCAAUUUUAACGAAGCGAAGUACAUCGCCUUUACUAUGUACACCACCUGCAUCAUCUGGCUGGCGUUCGUACCCAUUUACUUCGGCUCGAACUACAAGACCAUCACCAUGUGCUUCUCCGUGAGUCUGAGCGCCACAGUGGCUCUGUGUUGCAUGUUUGUGCCGAAGGUUUACAUUAUCCUCGCUAAACCGGAGAGGAACGUCCGCAGCGCGUUCACUACGUCGACGGUGGUGCGCAUGCACGUGGGAGAUGGAAAAUCAUCAUCCGCGGCCAGCCGGUCGAGCAGCCUGGUCAACCUAUGGAAGAGACGAGGCUCGUCAGGAGAGACGCUCAGCUCUAAUGGGAAGUCGGUGACUUGGGCCCAGAAUGAGUGCAGUUCCAAAGGCAGCCACCUGUGGCAGCGUCUCUCCUUCCACAUUAAGAAACGCGAAAGCAAUCAGACGGCUGUGAUCAAACCUUUCUCCAAAACGUCUGAGGGACGCUACUGCGGAGGCAGCGACAUCAACACCGACAGCAGUAACAACAAGAUGCUCUACGAGGUCACCGAAGCGGAAGAGCGCUACCCCAUCAGCUACCGGCCCCAAACACCCUCACCCAUCAGCACUGUGACCCAAAGAGCGAGUAUUUCUUUAGCGCAAAGCAAUGACGCCCAGGUCAUGAGCGUCUCCACGUACAUGUGUCAGCCUCCGCAUCGCAGUAACUCAUCGUGUGGCGGCGGAAGUGCGUCACAGGGCUCUCUGAUGGAGCAGAUUAGCUGCGUGGUGAACCGUUUCACCGCCAACAUCAGUGAGCUCAACAGCAUGAUGCUCACCAGUUCUCCUCCAGGGAGCGCUGUGGGUUUGUCCACCAGUGCUUCUGCGCACGCUCACUCACAGGAACCCUGCUGCCCUCCGCCCUACCGCCUUUCCCGAGAGAUUUCCAUGCCGACCACCAUGACGACCUACGCAGAAAUCCAGCCCCUCCCACCGGUGGAGUCUAACGUGGGUCGCCCCGCCCCAUCCUGCCACCUUCCCGGUUCAUCGCGGAUCAAAACGUCACCCACGACCAGUGGGAAGGAGCUAAAAGUGGGUGUGUCCUCUGUUCUGGAGUCGCCGUCCAAUCAGCCGGAGCUUGAGGAACUGCUAGCGCUGACUCCGCCCUCCCCCUUCAGGGACUCCGUAGGGUCGGGUAGCGGCACGCCAAGUUCUCCCGCUUCGGAUGUCGAAACACCCGCACUUCCGCCCGUCCCAAAAUACGAGUGCCUGGUGCUCCGACACUACAGCCAGAGUUCAUCUUCGUUAUGAGGACCAGCACAGCGGACAACAGAAUGAAGAUUGGAGCGCUGAAUGGCGUGAUUAAUGCCAGCUGUGACGAACACGGCUUGAGUGUGUGUGUUUACAUGUUCUCACCUUCGGACCAAUGCAAAACAGGGCUCUGUCGCCCCUGCAGAGAAAUAUCUCCAACAUCAGACCUGCAGUAGAAUCACAAUCGUUCGUCUAGUUUGGCGUUCCGUUGGUCUAUUUUGGUAGUGGCCUUAAACAAACAUGGCUUUCAUCUAAUUAGUGCUGUUUCUAUGAGGACUACAAUAUGUUGGUGUGCUCCCGAAAGGAUGGGGGUGGACGAACACACAGGGAGAUUCACCUGCAUCAUGGGAUGUUCCCAGACACGGACAUUACGAGCCUUUUUUGCUACUUUUAUCAUCAAACAAUGAGAUUAUUAAGGGCUGGAAAAAGACACAGCAGCAAAGGGAAAAGCCUGUAUAAUUACAUGUUGCGUAAUCUUUCACUCGUACACGACUGCUGGUACACUGUAAUAAUUCAAGAGUCCGAGGUGACGUCCCCGAUGCUUUCCAAGAUUCAAACGCAAUCUUUGAACAAAGUGCUUUGUUUGAUGUACCACAGGACAGUGUGAGAGAGAGAGAGCAAACAGACCGAUAUUCAGACACCUCAGUCAUUGGCCAUGAUUUUCUCAUCUCCUUUUUCUCUCCCUUUUCUCUUAAUUCUUCCAGCUUUUCCCAUCUUUCUACCUGCCUUUUUCAGGAACAGAACAUGGGUGAAUCUCAUGAAACCUGUCAAGAUUACAUUUCACCCCAAAAUCAAAAGAAAGAAAAAAUUCUGCUUAUAGGAUAUAUAUAUUGGGUCAUUAUUUGAAAAUACAUGAAAAUAAUGUCACAAAGCAAUAAUUUUAGGCUUAAUAAUUAACAGGCUUAAUUCCUUUUGGCUAAAAUGUAUUUAGUUAUGUUUAUUUAUGAAAAUAAGCAAAUAUAUUUAUUUGUACAAAUAUAAAUAAAUAGAUUUUAUUUAUUGUUAGAUUGGAUGGAGCGUCAGAAAUAUCAGAUAUAUCAUAUCCGACCCAGGACGCCGAAUCCCUGCCAGAAGAUAUCAGUCUUCUAUAGUUUGACUGAGAAAGCCAGGGAAGAGCAGAAGCAGGAGACGAAGUGACAAUAAGAGCAGAGUUUAUCGAAUAAUCUUAUAGUUGCGUAUGUUUUGAUGCUCAGACUCUGUCUGGAUGUUUCAGUGCUCGGACUUCAUCUGACCAGUUCAAAUCCAACAAGUGUUAUUAUUAUAGCAAAGCAAAAACGAUGGAAAAUUACUGCUUCACAACAUCGUCCUGUGACGAUAAAAACCUUGAAAUGGAGAUAUUCUCUUACCUCUUACUCGUGAAGACAAACAUUCCUUGAAAACACAAUCAUAGGCUUAAACAACAAUAGCAAACGAAAAAUAAAAUAACAAAUGAAAAAUAAUAAUAAAAUGAACAAAUAUAAAAACAAAUUAUAUAAAUCAAAUAAUAAUAAUAGGAAUAAAUGAUUAAAUGAUAAAUCAAAUUACAACUACAUAAAUGAUUAUAAAUGAUUAUUAAAUUAAAUCGGUAACACUUAUUUUAAGGUGAUGUAGUUACACGUUACUACAUGUUCAUACUAUAGUAAUAACAGUAAAUUAUGCAUAAUUACAAGCAGUGUUGGGGGUAACGCAUUACAAGUAACGUUACGUAAUCAGAUUACUUUUUUCAAGUAACUAGUAACGUAACGCAUUACUUUUAAAUUUACAACAAAAUAUUUUUCAAGUAAGUAACGCAAGUUACUUUGUUUCCCCAUUUAUUGACUGACAGCUCUCCUGUCCACAUGUUGAGAUAAAUCGGAAGUACAGAGGCGUUGUGUGCGCUGUGUGAACAUGGCGGUUAUUUUAGACUAAAUGUGAGCAUACAUUUACUCAUUUACUUCUUCUUCUGCGUCCUAUUCUUCUGAAUUCCAGAAUGGCAGCACAGCUGAAAGACUUGUUUGUUUGAGCUGCGCCCUCUACUGUACAGGCGUGAAUUUGCAUUUCCUUCAGCCUGAGGCUUAUUCAUUUUACUUGUGGUGUGAAAGGGUCUUUACAUUUGCCAAAAAUAGGACUUUUUUGUUGUUAUAAAAACAAAGAAACAAACAGCCCAGCCCAGAGGAGAAAAAGUAACGCAAAUGUAACCUAACUCAUUACUUUCCAUAAAAAGUAACUAAGUAACACAAUUAGUCACUUUUUUUAAGGAGUAACGCAAAGUUGUAAUGCAUUGCAUUUAAAAGUAACUUUCCCCAACACUGAUUACAGGUAACUAACCCUAAACAUAAUCCUAAUCUUAACCGUAAUUCUAUAGUGAAUACAUGUAGUUAAUUAAUAUUACUUAGUACUUAUUUGAGUAAGUACAUCACCUUAAAAUAAAGUGUAACCAUUAAAUCAUAUAAAAAAACAAAGAAAAUAAAACACAGAGAUGAAUGUUUGUUGUCUUAAAGUAACACACACACACACACACACACACACACACACACACACACACACACACACACACAGGUUUCUAUUGAGAAUCUUUAGAUCCUUCAUUAUUUAUUUAUAUUAAAUAAACAAAUAGAUGUAUUUAUUUUUUAUUUAUUUAAUUAAAACUACAUCCAUUCAUUUAUUCAGUUAUCAUAUAUAUUUAUUUAUUUAAUUUAAUUUUGGGGUGAACUGUGAACUGGACAUGUUUUUAUAAUAUUUACCUACAUGUUGUUUUUUAUAUUAUUAUUUUUUGUAGAUUUAAUUGUGGGACCAAACUCUGGGGCCAGAUCCUGUAACACACCUUGCCAAAACAUUGUGGUACCAUGUUACAGUGAUGGUAUCAGAUGGUAAUACCAUUGUACUUCCAAGAAUACCAUGGUACUUUUUUAUUUUAUUUUAUUUUUUUACUUUUUUGUUAAUGCAAACUAGUGAAUGACACUCUGAACAUGAACUACAUAGAAACAAAUUCAAUUUUGUAACACUGAAGUGGGUGAACUCACAUCAUAUCACCCCUGACAAACUGGUUCACUGUGGUUCAUCAUGUGGUUGUGGUUCAAAUCAUUUAGUGAACAACAUUUUGGUCCAAAGUCAACAUGGAAUGAAAAUGCACCCUGAUUACUUUCUUAAAACACAUUCCUGGUGUUAUUUUGAACAAAUUUAUCUGUGCACAUCAGUCCAAAGAGAAAUAACUCGCUCCGCCUCUAAUACAAAUGUCAUAUAAUAGGCUGCAAAUGCCAUUUCAUGUUGACUUUAAAUUCUACUUUUCCUGAAUAUCUAUCUAUCUAUCUAUCUAUCUAUCUAUCUAUCGUCAUCAGGUUUUGAAUCAUAAAUAAUAUGAGUUAUGUGUUCAUGAAGCCAUUCUAAUCAUUCUAAUUGAUCAUUCCUAUUGAUUGUGUAAAUAUCAAGGGCAUGCGGACAGCAACAAGUCUAGUAAAGUUUUAACAGUGGCUUAUUGUUAAACCUGAAGAAUAGCAGUAAUUUUACACGGAUUACAUGAGGAUGAAAUAACAAAGUCUAAAGAUGUCUUUUCUUACCAUUCCCUUGUGUACAGAACGUGCUUAGAUGAAUGUGAGGCUACUCAAGUGUCUAGCAAUUAUAUGAAAAACAAAAAGAGAAAUUUACAAGUAAUAUUUAUCUUAAUAGAGCUUUUAGUGCCAAAGGGGGGAGGGGAGGGAGAAGGGCCGAAAUGUGUGUUUUUCGUAACAUAAUGAUAUGAAUCGUUUUUAUGGUGAUGAGUAUUCUUUUUAUAUAUUAUAAAUAUAUAUUAUAAAUAUACCAGACUUUGGGACUCAAAGCAAUACAAACCAUACGCAUAUACAAAGCACAUCGGCUUUAGACAAUAUUUGUGCCACAUGAAGUUUUCUAAUCAUUUUAAAACUUCUUUCUGUGAACGAGAAAUCUUCCUCCGUCUCUGACGUCAUAUUUCGGGGAAUUCAGGCCGCGUCUACGUACCGGACACAUCACGACGUUUCCAAGCUAGAUCACUUUCAUUACAAAUCAAUGCUUCUGUCUACACUAAAAACCACGGAAGCUUGUUUCUGCCGGUAAUUGCGACUUUUUAUCUCACAAUUUAAACUUUUUUUUGCAAGGUUCUCAAAAUUAAGUCUUUUUUAAGACUUUUAAGAGUUUACAUCUUGCAAUUCUGAUGGUAUUUCCUUCUCGCAAUUGCUCGCAAAGCAACUCGCAAUUCUGAGAAAAAAUGUCAGAAGAUUGUGAGAUAUAAACUCACAAUUGCGAAAAAUUAAGUCAGAAUUGUGAGAUAAAAAGUCGCAAUUACCUUUUUUAUUUUUUUUAUUCCGUGGUGGAAACAAGCGUCCAUAAUCCGCAUAUCUAGGCCUACUUCAGCCACAUUUUCUCCUAAAAAUAAAAGUGCAUUUGAAUUAUUUGCUGUACUGACCAGAUAUGUUGUAGCAAUACUUAACAUUAUAAUAAUGAGUAUAUGAUUAUAAAUCCAUAAAUUCCACUGUAAACAGUCUCCUAAUCAGGCGCGACACAAUAAAAUCUUCCGGUAAGUCUGACUGUCAAUUUCUGCGGUGUUGUGACACCUCAUUGGUCCGAAAAUGUAUAUUAGGUAUCAAAUAUCUUCUAUGAUUGUGCAGCAGAUAAGACUAAUUGUUUGUCAUUUGAAUUUUGUCCAAUCGUGCCUGAUUAGGACAGUGUUUGUUAGAUGAACGGACUGCUGACAUGUGAGAACGUGCUAUUGUGUUUUUUUUUUUUUAUGUAACUCUUUAAGAUGAUUAAAAGAAUACGGUUUUAAAAUCUCCUAAAACUCAGUCGGCUGAAGCGUCAUCUCACUGAAAGGCUCAGAGAAAAUAAUGUGUUUAGCGUAAUUCAUCCUUUCUCUUUGUUUUUGUUUGCUUUUAUAACAUAAAUCAGGGGUCAAAUUAAAUCAUAAAUCUGUGUAAUAUUGCAGAUGAUAUAUAACGUGCAUGUCAUUUUGUUAAUAGGCUUUAGUGUUUUGCUACAGGUACACAGGAACAGCCGGAGAGAUUAUUCAGAUUUAUUGCGGUACAUUAGGAAGCAGCUGCGGUUUGUCAGGAAAGGCUUAAAUUUCAUUCGGCAAGAUCAAAAACAUGAUGCUUAAAAGACCCUGUGAAAUAUUAAUAAAUCUACCCCUGGAAGGCGAUUUCUCCUUUUUCUCAGUUUCUGUUUGCGGGUUUCUCUUCAUUAAGUGGGUUUAUGAACAUGACAGAUACAUUUGUAGGAGCUCUGGGUUGAAUGUCAAUGUUGCUGCCUAUAGUAGACUCACAUUGAUGUUUACAUUUUGCUACUUCGUGAUGCUUGCUGGAGUACAUGAGAUCUUUUGUUAGUGGUACUGUGUGAAACACAGUCAUUUAGCGUCCGGGCUACAGGACACGUUCUGAAUGUGUCGCACAGGUUCAUGACUGAAGGACGAAACCAACUCUGUGACUCCAUCUCAAGUGCUAACUUCUUUUUUGUGUAUAAUUCUUUGCUCUCAAGUGAUCGGUUAUAUUUUUUGUUAUAUCUAUAUCUAUAUAUUGGGACUUGUGUUUGCUGAUUCUCUGAUGUAGAGAUUCUGUAGAAUGUUGAUCAUCAUUGACGUGGUACUGCAGAUGACUUUUGUUGACAUUUGUUGAUAUUCCAGUUUCUUGCAGCUUUGUGGGGAAAAUAAAAAUGUGAGAAAAUGCUUACAGCUGUACAAAAACAUUUUUUCCUUUUUCUUGACAUGGAAACCAUUGUGGUGUGGUAUGAAAUCUUUCCAAUCAUUAUUAAAAACAUGG